AUGACUACUACUUAUCAUCUGCAAACCAAUAGACAAGCUGAUGUAUCGAAUCGACAAAUUAAGAACAUUCUUGAGAAGGUUGUAAAACCUUUGAGGAAAGAUUGGUCUUUUCGAUUGGAUGAUGCUUUAUGGGCAUUGCAAAUAGCAUACAAAGCUUCAUUAAGGAUGUCAUCGUAUCAAUUGGUUUUUGGGAAAGCAUGUCACUUUCCAGUCAGAUUGGAACACAAAGUAAUGUGGGCAAUUAAGCAAGUGAACAUGGACUAUGAAGCGACUGGAAAGAAAAGACUAUUGGAUAUCACUGAACUAGAGGAGAUUAGGAGAAAUGCUUAUAAAAAUGAUGCAAUUUACAAGGAAAAGACCAAACGAUGGCAUGACAAGAUUAUUUUAUAG